CUCCACCACCCUUCUUUGUUUCAUUCUUUGCUUUCUAUCCCAAUGCGAGGGCAUGGCGUUCAACUUCAACUGGUCGCCUUUGAUGGCGGACGCGAGUUUUUACUCGCGCGCCCAAGAACUGCUGACGGCCGCGCUCAAUAAAUCUCCCAAGCCGCCCAUCAUCGUCGAUGAUAUUAUCGUCACCGAGCUCAACCUGGGCUCCAUGCCCCCCGACCUGGAGAUCCUGGAGAUCGGCGACCUUGCCGAGGAUCGCUUUCGCGGCAUCUUCAAGAUGUCUUAUUCCGGCGACGCCUUCUUGACCCUCAAGACCCGAGUCCAGGCGAAUCCCCUCAAUACCUACCUUCUCACGAGGCCUGCUUUCGCAUCGCCGCAACCUCUCGCCGCUGCUACCCCUCUUACCAUUCCUCUCCAAAUUACCCUCUCCGAUUUUAAGCUGUCCGGCUUUGUGAUUCUCGUUUUUUCUAAGCAAAAAGGCAUUACCGUCGUCUUCCGCAACGAUCCACUCGAGUCGCUCAAGGUAUCCUCGACCUUCGAUUCAAUCCCAUUUGUGCGCGACUUCCUCCAGAAAGAAAUCGAAGCUCAACUACGAAUACUGUUCAUGGACGAACUGCCCGCCAUCAUUCAUCGCUUGUCGCUUCGUCUGUGGGUUCCGGAAUAUCGCACGGGCGACGAAGUGCAGAACGAGACCGACAAUACGGAAGCGGCAUCAAGCGAGGGCCCCGGCCAAGAUCCUUUGGCUAGCCCUCCGCAGGACCCCGUUGAUUCGCUUGGAAAUGCUUUGAACGAGACGGAAAUUGCCUCCCUUUCGCUGGAUUCCUCCGUCGAGACGCACUCGCUCUUCUCGCAGAAGAACCUCCUUCGCCUCGCCGCUCUGACAGACUCGCAACGGACCCUAUCGCUCUUCACACCUUCCAUCAAUGAAGUCGUGUACCGCGCAUGGACUUCUCCUUCCGACCCCAGCGAAAUACCGUCCAGCGUCAUCUCUCCUUUGAGCCCCACGCUUUCCCGAACGCAUUCUCAAGUCGGCAGUAUUUCGUCAUCGCUCCACGAGACCGCCAGCAACGCUUCUCUGCACAGUCGUCCUUCUUUGGGAGGUCACUCGUUCAGCAGUUAUGGUUUGAAUCUCGGGACCGGACGUCACUCGAAGGCUCAUUCUCGGAGGCGGAAGAGGCGCGUGGUGGAUAUGCGUCGCCCCAAGACAACCGAUGAUGCCAUGAGCGUGAGCGACGACAGCUCAAUGAGGGAAUCUAGCAGCCCUCCUUCCAUCUACUCCGCCCCGCUACCCUUCGUCAGCGAGCAGGCGGAUGACCCUGUUACGCCUCCGCUGUCCCCCGAGAUCGACUCUCUCCUGCCUUCGAUCCCCGAGCGCCACCGGGCGAGCCUUUCCGGACUGCAACAGCGCCAGGGUGCCCAUGAAUCUGGAGACCUCUCUUACUCCUUGGAAACCAUUCGCGCCUCUAGAUUGGAGGAUGUGGAAGCCACUCCUCGUGCGACUAUGCGCGGUGGCUACCCUAAUGAGAAGGCCGAGGCGGGAUCCUCCCGACCACCCCUGCCCGCUACAGUUCUUCCAUUUACCAAGGAAGGCAGCGCCGAAGAACCAGUCGACUCUCUCCUGGUGGAGCGACUGGCCGGGGAAAUUGCCCGUCGCAUGCGCGACGAGAAGAUGAUGACCGGCAAUGCAUGCAGCAACUUCUGGUCUCGUGCCCACGAUGAUACUCCCCCGCCGGCCUACGGCCACUAA